AUGGCACUGUCAUCAGUGUCAGUUCUCCCGAGAGUGCAGGGGCGGUCAGCGGCGGGAGACAGCAACGAGGGCAGCGAGAGCGAGGAGAGCAACGAGGUGCACGUGCAGCAGGGAUCCUACUCCUACACCGCGCCGGAUGGCACUGUCAUCAGUGUCAGGUACAUUGCUGAUGAAAAUGGCUUCAGACCAGUUGGCGAUCACAUUCCCCCAUCAAUUGUAGCCGCGGCCGCAGCAGCCGGUUCUUCAGCAGAAAAAUUAAAAGCGGCUGACAGUGCAAAUUCCGCAUCAGCGCCUAAGCAGGCUUCUGCACCCGCACCUAAGGCUGCUGCAGCGCCCGCACCUAAGGCUGCUGCAGCGCCCGCACCUAAGGAUGCUGCGGCACCCUCUCAACCCGCUCCUGAAAAAAAGAGCGAGAAACAAGAAGCAGCUGCGUCUGCUCCAGCAGAAGCUUCAACCACUGAAGCUGCCAAGACAACAGAAAGCGAAGCAUCUGCUGAAAAUGCCAGCGAAGCCUCGCCUAGCACAACUGAAGCUAGCACUACCAGUGCUAGUAGCGGAGCCACAGAUGCUAGGGAAGCAAGCACGCCGGCUGAAGCGACAACUAAGUCUGCUGAUGCUACCACCCCAGCUACUUCAGAGGAGCCCUCUUCUACUAGCGCUGAUGCAUCUACCACGGAAGUUGCCUCUACCACUGCUGCCUAA